AAAUUCCGGCUGGGUGUUGCUUUCCUCGCAAGUGCUGCGAUUGAAGCUCGUUCGCACGCCAGUUGUCGUAUCGCCAGCCAGGAUCGGGGGGAGGGCGGCGGGGAUAAAGCACGUAUCGAUAAAGCACACUUUGUUUGUUGCUCGAUCGAGUCUACUCGCGAGAGCAAUCACGCGAAAAUGAAAGAAACCGCUCUAAUAGAUAAGAUACGACGACGGAUUUUACAACGGACGUUAAUGAAAUAUUUCGCUCUCUCGUGUUUCUUCAGCCGAGCCGAUUUAUCCGCAAAUUGAGAUCGAUUUCGAAAGACGUGUUGUAUUACGGCGUACGCGCCGCGCGUUCUCCUGUUACAGAUCGACUGGAGAGACCCAUGGCUAGCCGUGCUGUUGACUUUUCACAUUGCCAUCACGAUGACCGCGUUAAUGACCAGGAAUCAUGCGAACUUUCAAAUAAUUCUGUUCCUCGUGCUUCUGCUUCUCGUUUAUUUCUCGGAAAGCAUCAAUGAGGUAGCGGCGACCAAUUGGAUGGUCUUCUCCAGACAGCAAUAUUUCGAUUCCAAAGGCUUGUUUAUAUCCAUCGUCUUCUCCGUGCCUAUUCUAAUGAAUUGUAUGAUUAUGGUGGCCAGUUGGCUUUAUCAGUCCAGUCAAUUGAUGACGAGCUUAAAGCGAGCCCAGCUGCGACAGCAAGCGAAAAAUCGCCAAUCAAACGGCGAAGCGUCGAACGGCAGGCUGAACCGGCCGAAGCAGGAAUAAGAAACUGAGAUCUAGUCAGGCUGCAGACAGAGGAGGGACACGAUAGGAGAUCACGGAGGAUACGUUUAAUUUAAUUUAAUUUAAGGACAAAGGCGCGGACUCUCUAUAUAUUUACACGUUGACUUAAAGAGCUAGAUAGAUUUCACCAGAACGCUGUGUGUAUCGCGCCUAUGCGAAAGAGUACUGGGCAAAGAGGGUAGGAGGCGGGAAGAAAUCAGAGGGUGGACGGACGUGAUGAUCAUGAUGAUGAUGAUAAUAAUACAUGUGCAAUAUAGCGUACGAACGCGUGGCGCACGUUCUCCGCGACGCGUAUUACGCAUUUUCGACUUCCAAGCGCGGCGCGACGUCCCCCUUUCGCUCUUCCGUCGCUCUUACGGGCCUGCUGUGCGUAACUUUGGCCAUCACCGGUUCGGUAAUUGGCCGCAGUCUCCGUUGCGAAAUAAGCUUUUAAUCAGUUUGAAAUUUCGUGAAGGAAGGCAAAGUACGGUAGCGCCGAGUAUCGGCGAGGCAAGUAUCUCUCAGAGUAAUAAUGCACGUCGGAACUGCCUAGUCAAGCUAUCCGUUAAAAGGCGGUAUUUCCGUCGUCGGAUACAGUGCCGUAAUUACAACGAUUUCUCGCGAAAUUCAGCCGGCUUCAUGCCGGAAAGCGAAACGUGGCAUUAAACGAGAGAUGAUCAGCCACGCUGACGACGAACAAUAACUAAAGCGCGGGCGCGCACGCGCGAUAUUAGCGUGACGGCGAACGCUCUGUUAUCUUACCGUUUGUAAUUAUAAGGAACAUUCCGGUAGUUGAUUUCCGUUUACGUUUUGAUAUAUUGAGAUGCUGAUCGUGAAUUAAAGUGUUCUUAAAUGUUGUAAUUAACGUACUUAUAUCGCAUAAUAAUAGCCAGGUGUAUGCGUGCGUACGUGUGUGUGUGUGUGUGUGUGUGUGUGUGUGUGUGUGUGUGUGUGUGUGUGUGUGUGUAUGUAUGUGUAUACGCGCGUCACUCUCGUCGUAGCAGCUCUGCUGUAAGAACUCGAGAUGUAAGAUUACAUAAUUAAGGACCUCAGCGCACGACGUAUUUGCAUGCGUGUGCUCGCGUAUGUGUAUAUGUGUGCCUGCGUGUGAUUAAGCGUGCGUGAAUGUGCAUAUGAUUGACAGUUUUCGAAGGAAAUAAUGAGCCGUCAGAAUAGACGAAAGUAUCGCGUGCGUUGUUAUCGCGCGUGUGAAGCUUUCCUAAGUUGUAUAUCGAUGUGAAUCAAAGCGCAUUAUCUUGCCGCCUUAAUAUGUAACGCGCGAGUUAAUCCUUUUCCCGUGGAGGAC